AUGCAGACAAAGUCUCUCCCCGCUCGGACCGGUACUGCUUCCGACCGAGCCCCUCUCCCCCUUCGACAUGUCCUCGCGACGUACACUUCCUCGCACCCUCUCCGCUCGCCCUCCCCUCUUCCGCCGUCAUCUCGAGUUGACCCCAAGCUCGCACAGAAGCAGGCCCCACCCUCCGCCUCUUCUCCACUACUAUGGACAAUUCCCACCUGGAUCGUCUUUGCUCGGUUCGCCCUCGCCAAGGGUCUCCACAUCAUAUGGUCCCUGCUCAGUCACUUUCUCUUCGGCCCUCAACGUCCCUCCUGGGGAUAUCGGAUGACAUUGAUCACCUCUUUCAUGCGAAAUGUAGCGGAACAUACCAAUCUGGCGGAUAUCAUCCUCGUUCGGAGGCUUAUAUCGCUCCAUCAGCUCAUCCCGCUUCCGGCUGAUGCGGUCGUCACGCCCAUCACAUUCACGGUGCCUCUUCGUACGGGUGAGGGCCUGGCUCGGGGGUUCUUGCGGGAUCUGGACGGGAUGGAGACGGGGACGCGAGAGUUGACGGGCGAGUGGGUGGUGGGCACGGAUGUAUGGAAGCGGCUCAAGGGGGAUAGGCGGGCUCGGCAGGAGGCCGAGAGGAAGAGGAGAAAGUCGAGGAGGGCGUCAGGUCUGAGUCCGGGAGGAGCGUCGGCCGAUGCUACCCCCACAGCGGGUGCCCAGCUCGGUCAUCCUCGGACCCUGAGCGGGUCGGCACCGUCGGGCGAGAGGGUCAUCUACUACAUACACGGUGGAGCAUACUACGUCGGUAAUGCAGCUACGCAUCGGCUCAUAACUAUCGGAAUCAGCAAAGCCUGCAAUGCACGGGUAUUCGCUAUCACAUAUCGACUCGCCCCAGAACACCCCUUCCCGUUACCUCUCCACGACGUCUUACACGGAUACCUCCGCCUCCUCGCUCCUCCGCUCUCCAUCCCGCCAGAGAAUAUCGUUAUUAUGGGCGACUCGGCAGGUGGCGGCUUGAGUCUCGCACUCUGCAUGUAUCUUCGAGACGAGGGGUACAAGUCGCCCGCUGGACUGGUGCUCAUGAGUCCAUGGGUGGAUCUGACGAUGAGUUGCGGGAGUUGGGAUGAGAAUGGGGGAACAGACGUCGUUCCACAGCCCAAGGCGGAUGAUCACCUCAAUCCGGUCGGAUGCUACCUCGGUCCAGACGGAAUAUCAAAAUACAUCACCCACCCCUACGCGUCGCCCCUGUUCGGCGACCUCUCGGGCCUACCACCCAUGCUUAUCCAGUCGGGCGACUCGGAGGUCCUCCGUGACGAAAUCACGCUGCUCGCACACAAAGCUACGCUCUACGGUGAUGACAUCACGCACGAGCUGUACGAGGACAUGGUACAUGUCUUCCAGACCUUCACCUGGUUACCCGCUGCAAAAGCUGCUAUCGCGAGUAUCGGGCGGUGGGUUCAGGUGACGCUCCCGAAGAUAGAGGAGGCACGGCAGGGGAGCAAGGAGGCGGGUGCGCUGGGUAACAAAGCUGCGGAUGGAAUGGCGGACGAGAUGGAGGCGGACCCACAUACUGUCGAGAGACACGCGGAUGUAGGGGACAGACUGGCCGAGGGGGUUAGGGAUGUCUUUGCGGCAGGAGCAGCGAGCUGGUCCUCCCGGACCAACGGACUCGGACUGGACUUCAACGAUCGUCAAAGUCGGAAAGGCUCCGAUAUCGAUCUUGCACAAACGCCAAGGUCCGGCUCGCCUACACCAACACCCUCCAGAGCGAUGUCGCCCGCAUCUCGGCCGACUGCGGCCCUAUCCUCGCAGCGACAUACAGACGUCCCACCACCUCGUGCACCUCGGUUGCGGCGGUCAGUCACCAGUCUGGCGUCGGUCUCGUCCUCUCAGGUAUCGCUUACCAGCGCCGCGUCUCCAGCAGCUCAUACUGUACGAAGACGCCGUCCUACCGCCUCAUUCCAUACCUCAUCCUACCCUUACCCCUGGUCACCUCCUGGUCCGUCUUCCCCAAGAUCAGUGGGCCAUGCGCGCGCACCGAGCGGUUCAUCCUUCUCCUACUUUCCCUCCCACCCCUCCUCGCCUACUCCCUCAUCACGUCGGAGGCUUCGGUCCCCCACUCUUACCCAAACACCUCCCUCCCUGCGAGAACGAAGUCAAAGUCACUCGGAUAUCCACUUUUUGGUCGAGGGGUAUGUGGAAGGAGGCGCUGCGAAUGAGACGACGGUGUACGCGCCAGGAGGAGAGAUCAAGAGUGUUGGGGUGCUCGGGGAUCUGGAGGAUGGGGAUGACGGGGCUUGA